AUGGAAAAGCUCUUCGUUAUACUCUCCAUUGGCCUGUUUGGCAUGGCUUGCGCCAUCGAACUGCAGCCAGAGCUCGACUACGGACCAGUGGCCUAUGAGUUCCAUUGGGCCGUCCAUGAUGAGCACACGGGUGAUAUCAAGAGCCAAAAGGAAUCGCGCAAGGAUGACAAGGUCGAGGGCAUCUAUGAGCUAAUCGAUCCGGAUGGCUAUCGUCGUAUUGUCCAAUACAAGGCGGAUGACCACAACGGCUUCGAGGCCAUUGUGCAGCGUGAGCCGACGGAUAUUAAGAUACCCUUACCAGAACCGAAAAAACUGAUCGCUGCGAAGGUUUUGGCACCGAUCGCACCAAUAACCCCACUCGUGCAUUAUGCACCCAAGCCGCUGCUAAAACAGGAAUCUCUCCCUGAGGGCAAUUAUGUUUCGGUUUCAAGGCCCACAUCGCAAAUCAAGUACUGA